AUGAUGGUGGCUGCCUUACUUCUCUGCUUGUACAGGUCGGCUCAAGUGGCCUCCGCUUCCCCAACAACAUCAUCACGAUUAAAUCUCAAAACGUUGGUGCGAGAGUCUGCAGAGUUGUACCACGCCCCCCAUUAUGCUCAAGUUAUGACUGAAAUUCAGAAAGCUAGAGACUCGUCAUCUCCCAAUGAUUUGUACUCUGAUUUCAAAACAGGUACAUGGCACACUGGUGAUUUUGAAACCUAUGAUGAAAAUUGCGUAGAGAACACAUUUGUAUUUGUUAAUUUGACAAUUCCAAACUCAUAUUCAAUGAUACUUAGUGCUCCUUUUCAACCUGCUGAUCGAAUUCUGCUUUCAGCAUGCUUAAAAGGCCUUAAGGACUCGUAUCAUUUGUGCGGAAUUAAGGUUGAAAAUAUUUCAUCAUCGGCUUGUGUGCGAUUUCAUUAUGAUGAAAAGCUAGAAACAGUCAAAGUAGCCAUUAAUUUGAAUUCUCUUUCAUGUAUGGCUCCAACUUUUGAUUAUGAUGGAAAAUGCAGCCUUGAAGAGUCAUCAAUUCCCGAAUUCAUUUUCUAUUACUCAGCUCCUGGUGAUAACAGCAUGAUGUUGAGAAAUGUGGUAGCAAUUGUAGUUUUGAGUUUACUCGUAUGUUGCUGUGCAUGUGUGGGAGUUGUUGGAGGAUAUUUUGGAUAUAGGUAUUUCAAAAAUCGCAACAAUACUAAGAAGCCUUCUCAUUCUGGUAACAUUCAAUUAGAUCCACAAGAGCAAUAUGCAGAAUUAGAGGAUAUAUAA